AUGGAAGGGUAUCUCAAGCUCAUUCCCUGCAAUGUCUCCCUGUUGUCUGCAUACUCAUCUGUCUCAACUUCAUGGGUGCUGUUCAACACCGCAUAUAAACAGAUUAUACCAAAGCAGCUUCACAAUCAUGUUGUUUCGAGGUUGAAAUACUAUUUUUCUCAUAAACCAUCUUAAAUAGACUUCAUCGAUUAAUUCUGGAAUGGUCAGGGUCGAAAUGAGCUUUAUGAUGCUGCACAAGCUUAUUUAUCAACAAAGAUUGGACCCAAGAAUCAUAUACUCGGCGUUGGAAAGUUGGAGCAGAAGAAGAAUGUUUCUGUUGCCAUUGCAGCUGGAGGAAAGGUUGAAGAUACAUUCCGAGGCAUACCCAUUACUUGGUUGUGUGUUGAGACAGAAAAGAGCGAAUACAAUGAUGAUUCGCGGCGUCAGGCUGUUAACAAGUGUUCUUAUUGGAUGAGUUUUGACAGUAAGUAUAUGGAAACAGUUCAGAAUGAUUAUUUGAUCCAUAUUCUGAACACUUGCAAGGCUCUGAUGAAAGGGAAAGAGGUACUGAAGUUCUACAGGCAAAUUAGUACUUAUGAUAGAGGUUCAUGGAAAGCUGUCGAAUUUCAUCAUCCAGCUUCAUUUGAUACACUUGCUUUGGAUCCUGAGCUGAAGAAAGCAAUUAUAGAUGAUCUUGACAGGUUCAUGGCACGAAAGGAUUUCUACAAGAGAGUUGGUAAGGCUUGGAAGCGUGGAUAUCUAUUGCAUGGUCCCCCUGGAACAGGAAAAUCAAGCUUAAUUGCAGCCAUGGCUAAUUACUUGAACUUUGAUGUUUAUGACUUGGAGCUUGGUAAUGUUGGUUCUGAUGGUGAGCUAAGGAAGUUGUUAUUGAAUACAACUAAUCGGUCAAUACUCAUAAUUGAAGACAUAGACUGUAAUUCUGAAGUUCAUGAUCGGUCCAAAAUCAUAGAUCAAAAAGACUCGAGUUCUGACAAGUAUAAUAAGACAUUCACUCUCUCAACUCUGCUCAAUUGCAUUGAUGGGUUAUGGUCAAGCUGUGGAGAGGUACGAAUUGUUGUGUUCACAACGAAUCACAAAGAAGUAUUAGACCCUGCAUUGUUUCGUCUUGGGCGGAUGGAUAUGCACAUCAAUAUAUCCUAUCGCACAAAUCAGGGUUUUAGAGUGCUGGCCUUCAACUAUCUUGGCAUUCACGACCACAAGCUCUUUAAAGAAAUUGAUGGCUUGAUGGAGAAUACAAAGGUAAUCCCUGCUGCUUUGGCUGAGGAGCUACUGAAGAGUGAUGAUGCUGAUGUUGCUUUUAGAGAAGUGAUGAAUUUCCUUAGCCGGAAGAAGAUGGAAGAAGUGCAAUUUAAUGGUAAGGAUGAAACUCAAAGAUUGAGGACUGUGUGA